AUGUCGGCGAUGGCUACUAUCAACCAGAACUCCACCCAAGGGCCAGCGACUGGCAACAGCGCAGCCUCAGGGCUGGACUCAGAGAUACACCUUGUUUCAUCGCUAGCAAAGCUACAAGAACUUGAACGCAAGAUACAUGAACUGCGUGGGUUCAUGCCCCAGGGCUUGCUGGAGCCACUGGUGCCUAUUGCAAACCCAGAAAAAGUGAAAUUCGGCAGUCCGGUUGCUGAGACUCCUCAGAUCCUCCGGGCUAGUCUGGAUGAGGCCGCAAGCGCACGCGUCGCUGAUGUCCAGCACUUUCAGUCCUUGUGGCGGGAUCCGGAAUUGACAUCAGUAUGGGCGCAUGUUGAAUCACGCAUCAAGGAAGCCAAUGGUCGGCUUCUUCAGCCGACUGGGAAGUGGGAAAGAGAUUAUGACGUUCUUCUAGAAGAACUAGAACGGAAAGAAAAGGCAAAAGUAGAUGAGCAUCAGCGAAAGGAUGAAGAGGAUGAACGUACUAAAGCGCAGUCUGCCGAGGGCAAGUGGACAAAUGUUUUGGAACGGUUUGCUCAGCGGAAUGUGCCCGGUGUACGGGUAAUCACGGGCGAGGAUGAGACUUCUCUAGCAGUAGCACUUGUUAGAGCUGGUGUUGUCUUCCACGUGAAAGGGGUGUCUUUCCCUGGCGCCCCGGCCUCUGACUGGGAGGUUUCGAGCAAGAUCGCUGGCCGGCCACCCACAAAACUCGAAAGUGCUAUACUUGGAUGUGUGGAGUCACGCCCGCGAAAAUGGGACCUUGCUUUCUUGCUGGCAUGUUCUGUCCAUGACUCUGAAGAAAACUCCUGUUAA